AUGUCCAACGUGCACAAAUAUUUCAAUAGCGCUUCUGAAGAAUGGAAUAUUCGAGAUUUUAUGAAAGAAUGCGAUGUGGAACCGUUUGAAAAUAAACUUGAUUGUUAUACUAAAAGCCUUGAGGCAAUUAUUGAACGUAAGAAAGGCGACAGAAAAGAAAAGGCGCAACUGUUAUUCGAUAGGUAUAAGAAGGCAAGUGGAGCUUUUAUAUUAGAAAUGCGACUUUCUAGGUCGUUGGGCGACUUUCUAGGUCGUUCCGUUCUGCGUUUAAGGGGUCAAAGACCUGAUCGUCAAAUUGCGAGAAGUGGUCUAACAGCGAGGUAUAUCUCCACCAACCAACAAUUACCGAAUCCUAAUCAACGACAACCCGUCGGUUCACUAAAAAAAUUACAAAAAUCGGAUGAACAAGAAAUUACAAGUCAAUCAGACGAACAGUCUAUACAGUUAGAUUCUUCGUCCGAAUACAUUCCAACCGAUAAAUCUGAUGAAUCAGAGGUUAUUUCAGUAAGACGCAAAAAAUGCAAAAAGACAAAGUUAAAUUCUGGGCAGUCUACCCAGUUCAUUCCAACUGACAACGAUAUGAAGGAGGAUAGCUAUACGGAGAUUCAAGAGACCGGAAGCAAUAAUCACAUUGAUCAACAGCAAAGUUCACAACACGAAAUAGACCCUCUGGGUGUAACCACUAAUGAUGAAAUGGAUCUUCCCGAGACUUGUGAAGAGAUUGGAGAAAACGAGAUAGAAUUAGAUCUUCAAGAACCAUCUGUUGUUCACAUCAUUAAGGGCAACUCAGAAGGUUUAGACUGGGAUGCAGUAAUGCAGAAGGUAGAAGCAUACC